AUGGAUGAAAGUGGAAUAAUUGGAUAAAUGAUACUUGAAAGUAGUGGCAGAAUCAAAAAGAGCAGCGGCACUUUAGAUAAUCCUAAGUUAAUUCCCUUCAUAACUACUAUCGUCUCAUCAACAGCUAAGAUUUUAGAUAAGCAAUCACUCAACAGAGUAACACUAAGUUAUUAAGAAUCAGAUAUCAUAAUAUAUAUAGAUUAAAACGACAUCGUAGUUUUGGAAAGAAAAAAGUGA